AUGUCGCUGUCUUUCAGCUCAUACAACGAAGAGAAGCCGGUAACUAUCGUCCUUCUCCACGGAGGCUUUACGUGUCGACUUGAGUUUGAGCACGUCAUACCGUACCUCUCUGACUUCCAUCUCCUUCUCCCCGACCAACCCUUGCAUUCCGCAUCACGCCACAUCACACCGGGCACAACCGAAAAUUCGGCCCGGCAUGUCGCCCAGCUUAUCCAAGAUCACGCCCAUGGCGGAAAAGCCCACGUCGUCGGGACCUCAAUGGGCGGCUACGUCGGUCAAUGCCUCGCACUGGACCAUCCUGAACUCGUACUAUCGCUCUAUGUCACAGGUGCUGCUCCGCUUGUGCCUGGAAGACGCUUAUUUAUGGCGCGAUGGACCAGAUUCACUUAUUAUUCCAUGAGGCUUAUCCAUUGGCUUCCUGACUGGGUAUUCCGGUACCAAGCAGCUGGCCUCAACCUCAGUGACGAGUUGGUCGCAGCGUUGAGGGACAACGUCACCUGGGAGCUGGUCCGGGACAUGUUCCCGUGGAUCUUGACCUUUACUUUAGAUCAUGUUCGCGCGUUGAAAGUCCGGACUCUGUCUAUCGCAGGGGCGAAAGGGGAUGACGUGCCUAUGAUAGAGAAGACGGCCGAUGCGCUGAGGAGCAGGAGGACUGACGAGGGUGAGCCGUGGCCUGAGGAUGGAUCAGGAGCAGUGGUGAUUAGGGAGGCGAUGCAUGGGUGGGACAUGCAGCUUCCAGAGCUCUUUGCCCAAGGGGUGUUGGCUUGGGUCAAGGGGCGGAGUCUACCUAAAGAGUUUGAGAGGGUUUAG